AUGGGGGACCCACCGCCCGACCCUGAGCCCCGUCCCCAGCAGCCCUCAAGUCGGAGGAGUUCCCAGGUCUCCCAGCGGCGCAGUCGGGAACUCAGUCAGCCCCCGCCCACCAUCUCCGAGGAGGUGCCGCCGAUAGCCUUUGACGGCCGGGUCCUGCAGGGCGGUCAAGGGAUCCUGGCGAGCCAGACCAACCUCCAGGACUGGUCAUCAGGGCCCCCCCUGACCCAACAGGAGAUGUUCCAGGCUGAGGAAGCCCAGUUGGGUGGUGUAGAGUACCCGUCCCUGAAUAUGGGCUUUCAGCCCCAACCUUAUCUGGAAGAAGGCGGGAUCCAGGCCGCCCGAAACGCCAGCCUAAUGCUGCAGCAACUACAGCAGGGCCAAGGCAGCCUCUUCCAGCAACUGGACUCUGCCUACCUGGAGACCCAGCCCAACUUCUUGGGCCAGUUCAACAUGUACCAGGGAGAAGACCUACAGUUCAACCAGGGUGCCCCGCAUGGGCCCUACAUGAGGGAUGACCCCGCCCUCCAGUACUCGCCCUCCGAGCUGGGCUUCAUGCCCUUCAAUAUGGAGGUGCCUGAGCCAGAGCCUCGGGAGCUGGCCGUACAGAAUGCCAAGGCCUACCUGCUGCAGACCAGCGUCAGUUGCAGCCUCAGCCUGUAUGAGCACCUGGUGAACCUGCUGACCAAGAUCCUGAACCAGCGGCCCGAGGACCCUUUGUCCAUCCUGGAGUCGCUGAACCGCACCACACAAUGGGAGUGGUUCCACCCCAGGCUGGACACCAUGCGGGACGACCCUGAGAUGGAGCCCACCUACGAGACGGCGGACAGGCAGAAGGCGCUAUUCCUUCGGAGCGGCGCCGCAGGCGAGGGCGAGCAGGAGAUGGAGGAGGAGGUGGCUGAGACAGCAGUACCCAACAUCAUGGAGUCGGCCUUCUACUUCGAACAGGCUGGCGUGGGCCUGAGCUCAGACGAGAGUUUCCGCAUCUUCAUGGCCCUGAAGCAGCUGGUGGAGCAACAGCCCAUCCACACCUGCCGCUUCUGGGGCAAGAUCCUGGGGCUGAGCCGCAGCUACCUGGUGGCUGAGGUGGAGUUCCGGGAGGGCGAGGAGGAAGGGGAGGAGGAGGAGGUGGAGGAGAUGAUGGAGGGCGGCGAGGGUCUGGACACACACGCUGAGGAGGAGGGCGAGGAGGACGAGGAGAAGGUCACCGACGUUAUCCCCAAGCCCACGUGGAAGCCACCACCCGUCAUCCCCAAGGAGGAGAGCCGCUCGGGCACCAACAAGUACCUGUAUUUCGUGUGCAACGAGCCGGGCUGGCCGUGGACACGGCUGCCGCACGUCACGCCCAUCCAGAUCGUGCAGGCCCGCAAGAUCAAGAAGUUCUUUACGGGCUACCUGGACGCGCCGGUCAUCAGCUUCCCGCCCUUCCCGGGCAACGAAGCCAAUUACCUGCGGGCCCAGAUCGCCCGCAUCUCGGCUGCCACGCACAUCAGCCCGCUUGGCUUCUACCAGUUCGGUGAAGAGGAGGGCGAUGAGGAGGAGGAGGGCGGUGCGGGGCGCGACUCCUACGAGGAGAACCCCGACUUUGAGGGCAUCCCGGUGCUCGAGCUGGUGGACUCGAUGGCCAACUGGGUGCAUCAUACGCAGCACAUCCUGCUUCAGGGCCGCUGCACUUGGGUGAACCCUUUGCAGAAGAUGGAAGAGGAAGAGGAGCUGGGGGAGGAGGAAGAGAAAGCAGAUGAGGGGAUAGAGGAGGUGGAGCAGGAGGUCGGGCCCCCGCUGCUGACCCCGCUCUCAGAAGAUGCAGAAAUCAUGCACAUGUCACCGUGGACAGCCCGCCUGUCCUGCAGCCUCUGCCCGCAAUACUCCGUGGCCGUCGUGCGUUCCAAUCUUUGGCCAGGGGCCUAUGCCUACGCCAGUGGCAAGAAGUUUGAGAACAUCUACAUUGGCUGGGGCCACAAGUACAGUCCUGAGAACUUCAACCCACCCCUGCCAGCCCCCAUUCAGCACGAGUACCCCAGCAGCCCAGACGUCAUGGAAAUGACUGACCCCACGGUGGAGGAGGAGCAGGCCCUCAAGGCAGCCCAGGAGCAGGCCCUGACAGCCUCGGAGGAAGAGGAGGAAGAUGAGGAGGAAGAUGAGGAUGAGGACCUGGAGGACUGA